CUUUCUAGGGAUUACGGUAACCAGCCACAUACUACCGGAAAGGCCAUUGUGUUGUCGCUUUUGUGAGUAACCCAAGAAUUGUGUCGCUCUUUUUUCCAUCAUAAUUCUCGGUGGCAGCAAAAGUAUAACAUGUCCACAGACAUGCCGCCGGGCAGUCUGAAUGUGGAGUCGCAGCUUUUGUCCAUAAUGGACGAGCUGGUGAAAGCGGCGGUGGCGGAAAUCAGUCAGCUUUUCUCGGUGAGCUCGGCGUCUCUCCGCCUGAAUCUAACCCAGAGCCUGAAGGAGAACGAAGCCCUGAGGAUGAGGAUGAAGGUGAUGAGGAGCGAGCUCUUCUCUCUCAAGCUGCAGACUAGGACCAACCGACCGGCGAGCCGCUUUUCCCCGAUCAGAGGAAGUGCACCCAAACCACGGGCUAAACCCCAAGUUGUCAUUAAGCCACCAGUGGCUCAAAAGACGGGUGGAGAAGCUGCUUCUAUUUCUCUACAAUCGGAGAACAAGACUUCCACCACUGCCACUCAAGUGGAGUGUGCAGACGGGGAGAUCCCAGAUGUCAUCCUGAUCAAAGAUGAAGAUGACAUCGGAGGAUGUGGGCCAGUUGUAGGUCAGAAUGAUUUUGGAAACCCCAGUAUGCAGGGUGAUGUUUCUACAGGGACUCAGAAUUUAGAGUCCUGCCUGACUAGUGAUAAUAAGGAGCUGAGAAUCGUGAGUGUUCACGGACGAGGGGAAGGGCCUCUGCAGGAGGAGAGCGACACCUUCUUCACUGUCUCUGAACUCCAGGCUUUUAGCUCUCUGUCUCCUGACCAUAACGUCAUUCAUGACAGUCUCCAGAAUUUCACCACUGGGGCCAGUGACAGAGCCCCGAUGAGAGGAAUGCAGGAUAACAGAAACAGCCAACUGGAACAAAAUCAUUCCACCCAAAUGGCUUCAACAGCAUUUAAUCCUGCAAUAAAUACACAAAUAGUAGGAGCUGAUGGUCAAGUGGGGCACCCUAGUCUUGUCAGCCAGUUUGCCCAGCAGCAGAAUGUCUUCCCUCAGGGUGUCAACAAAUCUCUGGACUGCAGCUUCUGUGGCGAGCGCUUCCUCAGCCGUGAAGACCUGAUUGUGCACAGGGCAAGUCACACCGGAGAAUCACCCGUUCUUUGUACCUUUUGCGGUAAGUCAUUCAUCAACAAGAAUACACUGAGUAUCCACAUGCGCAUUCACACUGGGGAAAAGCCAUACGCUUGUACGCAAUGUGGGAAACGCUUCACGCAGAACGGCAGCCUGAAGAUCCACCUGAGGACCCACUCUGGAGAGAAGCCAUACACUUGCAAUCAGUGCAAUGCCAGCUUCAACAACCCCAGCAACCUGCGCAGGCACAUGACCACACACAACCCUAAUGGAGUGCUCUGACCAUUAAAGAUACAAAGUUUGAAGAUUAAUGUAAAGAUUUUACAUUUUUGAGCAUGUUACUUUUUACUGACACUUGUGUCACAGUGUGUAUUCGGGGAAUGUGUGUUUUCUCCAGUAGCUUAUGUUCUUGUCCUUUGUGUUUCUAGUUUCGGCACUGCACAGGGAACUUGUCAUGCUUUAAGUGUACUUGAUAAACUACUAGUACACCAGCGUAUAUCUUGACAACAUUCCAGUAAAAUCAAUGGACUGUGGUACAUUCUUUUUAAUUCUAAAUAAGCCCCGCAAUUUGAAAACAACAUUCAAAAUUAAAAUGCCUUUUUAUUUAUCUUUGCUUUUUUAUACUGUCUGAAAAGCAGACAAAUGUAUGCCUUAUUCAUCAUUUAAGGAAAAUAUGCAAUACCUUAAUUUAAUUCGGGAAAAAAAUUGCCAUGACGCAACCAUCUCUGCAAAUUAUACAACUGUAGCUCAAUGCUAGGUAAGUAAUUAUUCAAUUUGUAACUUUUGCUCAUUAAUAGAGACCUUCUCAGUCGCUAUCUUUUUUUGGGGGCACUAUUUAGGCCUUUAUUCAUAUAGGACAGCUAAAGACGUGAAACGGGGGAGAGAGGGGGAACGGCAUGCAGCAAAGGGCCGCAGGGUAGAGUCGAACCCAUGGUCGCUGCGUUGAGUAAACCUCUGUACAUGGGCGCCUGCUCUACGAGGUGAGCUACCCAGGCGACCCUCAGUCACUGAUCUGACACCAUGAACGCUUGGAGGAAACCAUUUGCAGGUCAGAGAGGGAUGGGGAUGUGACAUUGAAAUAAAGAAUAAAUAUACAGUUAUUGAUGGCGUUAUGGAUAAACAUCAAUUGUGUUGUAUCACAAUAAUAUUGUGAUAUAGUAAAUACUCAAGAAACUGUUUAUCUUUAACGCAAUUUAAGGCCUGACAAAUUAAGGUAGGGCUGCUCGAGUAUGG